AUGACAACAAAAAAAAUACUCAUUAAUAUUAUUCAAACUUCUAAUGAUUUAACAACUAAAAAGAAAAUUGAAACAAAUCAAUAAACUGAGUUGAAAUAAGAAAUUUAAAGACCUUUAGUGUCUGCAUUUGAUGAUUAUAAAUUUUAGAGAAAAAAUGAUUGGAUAGAAUAUUAUGAAAAAUAAUUAUAAGAAGAUAAAUAAUUACAUCCAAAUGCAACACAUAAUGAAUUAACAUCUUUAAUUUCUAAAAAAUGGAAAAAAGCAAAAAAAAAUGUUAAAUAUUUUGAUUAAUUGGCAUAAUAAAUAAAAAUGGAACUUAUCAAUAAAGAAACUGAUUCAAUACUUAAUAAAGAUGAUGAUUUAUAAAUAAUAUAAAAAAAUUAAGAAUCAGAUUAAAUAAUUGAAAAAUUAAGAUAAAGUUCUCUAAAAUUAAUUUUUCGUAAUAUAGUGCUUGAAUUGAAAGGAUAAAUAGUAUUAGAUGCAGUAAAUGAGAAUAGAUUAAUAAUAUACAUAAAUAAUGAAUAGGAAAAUGAAGAUACAAAAAAUGAGGAUUCAAAUAAAUGUUCAUAAUCAAUUAAUGAUGAAUAAAAAUUAGAUAAAGAGUAAGAAGAGAAUGAAGAUGACAAUAUAAAUAUUGUUAAUAAUAUAAAGGAUUAUUUAUGA